AUGUCGCACCUCUUGGAGCUCUGCACUGAUGAGUUCUUAGAGGCCCUUGAAGCAACAGCUGACAAAGGGGAGCAAUUCGACACCGUGUCCAUGUGCAGAGCAUUCGCUGCCAGUGCCAUGCUGCGAACAGCGUUUAGUUUCAAGAUGGACGAGCAGGACAAGACUGGAAGGGACAUCAGCAAGUGCGUGGACAAACUCACUCUCAGGAACAUUGCGCUCUUCGAUGGAGGACUUCUGCACUGGCUUUCAAACUGCUUUCCAGAAUUCACUCGUCUCAUCCAGCUUGCGUUACGCAUAGCUGAGUACAUCAAGCCACCUGGCAUGUGCGAGGUCCUAGAUGCUAUUGCACCAAUCAUCUACACUCGCAAAUUGAAUCAGUCGGAAAUCAGGAGUACGGACCUCCUACAGUUCAUGGUUGACGCAGCAGCCCCCAACUCCGGGUGUCCCAGUCCAAGUGACCCUCUCACGACCUCUUCUCGCGACAAGACCACCGGGGAUUCUAUGGAAGGGAACGCAGAGUUACCGAGCGAAUGGUUGCUGAGUGACGCGGAGAUUCUGAGCAACGCAUCUCUCGUUCUUUCAGUGGGGACAGUGAACUUGAGCAAGUACUUGUGUUGGAUGUUGUAUCUCCUGGCGAAACAUCAGGACGUACAGAAAAAAGUGAAGGCUGAGGUUCAGAAAAUUCUCGUGACUGAGGGUGCUAUCAACUAUGGUACCGUGACCAAAAUGCAGUACUUGGAACAAGCGCUGAAGGAAGGACUGCGAAUGCAUUCAUCUCCAUCGGGGUUCGUCACUCGACUGGCGGAAAAAGAUAUCGACACCGGAAGCGUCGUAAUCCCGAAAGGCGUGAGCAUUCUCAUUCCAACGUACAUCCUCCACAAGGAUUCCGAACUCUGGGAGGACCCGGAGCGCUUCGAUCCCGAAAGAUUUGCCCCUGGGAACAAUAAACCAGUGGAAGUGGACUCAAUAGCGUUCCAGCCCUUCGGCGCUGGACCUCGAAACUGUUUCGCAAUGAUGUUUUCCAAAGUCAUCCUGAUGCUCCUGCUGGCAAAAGUACUCUCAGAGUACAGGCUCGUUCUCAACGACGAUCACCACAAGCUGGACAUGACUGAUCGAGACAUGGAGGAUAUGCUUGCUGCAGGUUACGUUGAGCGAGCACGCUUGAUUACAUUUGAAAAGCACUGA